UCUUCUUCCGACCUGCCCUCCCAAUCUACGCCAUGACAAACCAUAUAGCACUAACAAUGCAGCAAAACUUAACAUCCAACCUCCCCAAUCCUCUGCAACCAACCCUCACAUCCAUUCUUCAUCACCACUAUCCCAUCCCAUCCCUUCUCCUCCCCAUCCUCAUCUUCCUCAUCUCACUCCUCACCCUCAUCAUCUCCCACCGCCCCCGCCCAAUCUAUCUCAUCAACUUCUCCUGCUUCAAACCACAGAACCAAUACAAAGUCACGAGAGAAACAUUCAAGAAAAAAUUCAAAAGCGGGGGAACGUUCACCGAUGAGAGCGUGGGGUUCCAGCGCCGGAUGCUGGAGAGGUCCGGCAUCGGGCAGGAAACUUACCUUCCUGAAUCUCUUCUAGGAACGCCGAUCAACAUGUGCGCGAAGGCGGCGAGGAAGGAGGCGGCGAUGGUGGUGUUUGGAGCGGUGGAUGAGCUGAUGGAGAAGACGGGAGUGAGGGCGAAGGAUAUUGGUGUGGUGGUGGUUAAUUGCUCCAUCUAUAAUCCGACGCCCACCAUGGCAGCGAUGCUUAUUAAUAGGUAUAAACUAAGGGGAAAUGUGAGAAGCUAUAAUCUUGCGGGGAUGGGCUGCAGCGCGGGAGUUAUAGCGCUUGAUUUGGCCAAGCGACUUCUUCAGGUCCACAGGGAUAGCUACGCAUUGGUGGUCAGCACGGAGAACAUGACCCUCAACGCCUACUUCGGCAACGACCGCUCCAUGCUCGUCUCCAACCGCAUGGGCGCCUCAGCCAUCCUCCUCUCCAACCGCCGCUCUGAUCGCCGCCGCUCCAAAUACCAACUCCUCCACUCCAUUCGCACCCACACCGGCUCCUCCCCCCGCUCCUACUCCUGCGUCUCCCUCCAAGAAGACCCUUCAGACCAACUCGGCAUAUCCCUCUCCAGAGACCUCAUGUCCGUCGCCGCCGCCGCGCUCCGCACCAACAUCUCAUCUCUCGGCCCCCUCAUCCUACCCUUAUCCGAACAGCUUCGCUUCCUCCUCGCCUUCCUCGCCUCUCGCACGCAGCUCAAAAAUACAAACUUUGGCUCCUACGUUCCGAACUUUAGAAAAGCGGUGGAGCAUUUUUGUAUACACGCAGGGGGGAGGGCGGUGUUGGACGAGCUGGAGAAGAGCAUGCGGUUGAGUGAGUGGGAUUUGGAGCCGGCGAGGAUGACGCUGUAUCGGUUUGGGAAUACGUCGAGUAGUUCUUUGUGGUAUGAGCUGGCGUACUGCGAGGCGAAGGGGAGGAUAAAGGAGGGGGAUAGGGUGUGGCAGAUUGCGUUUGGGUCGGGAUUUAAGUGUAAUAGCGCGGUGUGGAAGGCGAUGACGACGGUGGAGGGAUGUGGGGAGGUUGGGAUGAAGGGAAUGAAUCCGUGGGCGGGUGAGAUUGAUCUGUUUCCGGUGGAGCUGGCCGGGGAGGUGGCGGUGGCUGAAUGAUGGUUGGGCGAUUGAUUAAUAGCAAUAUAAUUAUAGAAGGAGAUUAUGAUGUAAGAGUAUAAAUAAAAUUGAGAGGAAGAGAGAAGAAGAUAUUAUAUAUUUUGUAAUUAUGUGUUGAUAAUGGUAGAUGGGAUGAUUGCAUUGCCAUAAUUUGAUUUAGAUGUGAUGUGAUAUUCUUAUUAACUAUUUGC